GAAGAAGCAGCGUCUGUACUCUACAUCUGACCAGCAUCCAUAAAGGAGUCAUUCAAGGAGAAGCAUCAAAGAUCUGAUAAUGGAUCACAGCACACAGCCAAGCCUGAAGACAACAUAAAUGCACAAACAAAUAGGGGAAUAAAGAUGGACGCACAAUAUGGCUGUGUACUCUUCAGCAGCAUCAUCACUCCUCACAAACACCGCGCGCACCUUUCUCCAUCCGAUCAUCCCUUUUUAACAUCUCCCUCCUCGUCAAACUCUUUAACCCCUGCUUCUACCCAAUGAGCGUCGGGAGCUGUCAGCGGCGAGCCCUCCCUCGUCUCUUUCUCUCUCCCUCUCUCUCCCUCAGCUCGGACUCUGUCCACCGUGUACUAAUAAAGGAGAGGUCCGGCGCGAGCAUCCAACCCAGCAAAGAGUCCCACAGCAGACAGAACAGCAAUCGCUCGACCUGUACAAACUUUUGGCUCCAGCUCUGACUUGGACCCUAUUUGUGCCACUGAGAAAGUAAAAAAAAAAGAAGAAAGAAAGAAAGAAAGAAAAAGAAAAGGAUACGUUUCCAGGGAUCAGAGAGUAGAGGCAAAGCUGCCUACACUUGUUGCUCGCCCCAUCAGCUAGGAUUUUUCUUUUUGACCUUAUCCUCUGGGGGGAAAGUGAAGAGCCAUGCUGGGUUUAAACAGGAUUCUCAGCCACCGGUCACCUCGGAUUCAGAGCUGUGUUUCGACGGGAUCAAAACUCUCAUCUCGGCCUUCUUCAAGUCAGAACCCCGGUGCCAGUUCGAGGAUUUACUGUGCCUGUCUGUUGCUGCUGCUGCUCGUGACGCCUCGGGUGGACUCUUCAUGGUGGUAUAUUGGUGCACUAGGGGCCCGUGUAAUCUGUGACAACAUCCCCAGCCUGGUGAGCAAACAACGGCAACUCUGCCUGCGUCAUCCUGACAUCAUGCAGGCCAUUGGCGAGGGCACCAAGGAGUGGAUCAGAGAGUGCCAGCACCAGUUCAGACACCAUCGAUGGAACUGCAGCACACUGGACCGCGAUCACACCGUCUUUGGACGUGUCUUGCUCCGGAGCAGUCGAGAAGCAGCUUUCGUCUAUGCCAUCUCUUCUGCAGGAGUUGUGUACGCUCUAACUCGCGCCUGCAGUCAGGGGGAGCUGAAGACGUGCAACUGUGACCCUCAAAAACGUGGACGAUCUGGAGAUGACAGAGGCGAGUUUGACUGGGGCGGCUGCAGUGAUAACAUCAACUACGGGAUAAAGUUUGCUAAAGCCUUCAUAGAUGCCAAAGAGAAAACACUCCGAGAUGCUCGAGCACUCAUGAACCUACACAACAACCGCUGUGGGAGAACGGCAGUGAAACGCUUCAUGAAGCUGGAGUGUAAAUGUCACGGUGUGAGCGGCUCUUGCGCGCUACGGACAUGCUGGAUGGCCAUGUCAGACUUCAGGAAGACUGGUGACUACCUGAGAAAGAAAUACAAUGGGGCCGUCGAAGUGACAAUGAAUCAGGAUGGGACAGGUUUUACCGUAGCCAACAAAGCUUUCAGGAAGGCCACCAAAAAUGACCUGGUCUACUUUGAGAACUCUCCGGAUUACUGCCUGCAAGACAAAACAGCUGGUUCCCUGGGUACAGCUGGUAGAGUCUGCAACAAAACAUCCCGUGGCACCGACGGCUGCGAGGUCAUGUGUUGUGGGCGUGGCUACGACACCACUAGAGUCAAGCAAAUCACCAAGUGCGAGUGCAAGUUCAAAUGGUGCUGUGCAGUGGAGUGUAAGGACUGUGAAGAAGCUGUGGACAUACACACAUGCAAGGCUCCCAAACGAGCAGAGUGGUUGGACCAGACCUGAGGGCACACCCUCAUCUGCCCCCUGUAAUGCAGCCCCGCCCCUUUCCCCUUUUGCAGGACAACCUGUGGAACAUGGCAUUCUGGGAAACUCUGUCCAAAAAGUGCUCUGCGUCUCCGCCCUCCCCUUCCCCAACCUUGUCUCAACAUUGCAUGGCUUUUCUACAUGUUUGAAAGCACCAGGAUCCAGUACCCAUCAAUAUUACUUCAUACCCAUUAGCCCCUGUUGUUGAACGGCCCUGUGACUGAACCCCUGGUAUCAGAUGAACAGUGAUACCACCUUGGCUUUUAUCACAUAUUCAGUCCAGAUGGCCAGUUUCCUUGUGUGUGGUUCUGGGUUUUAAAUGGUUUGCUGCUUUCAUGAUGCUUUAAAAACAAAGUUUUACAUUAACUGAGCCUUCAAACAUAUCCAGUAUUAUCACAACAACAUCAUAUACUCACAUAAUUUAGCUUAAAUUUUGAGGGGAAAUACACUUUUAUAUACCAAAACAAACUAAAAAAAAAAAAAAAAAAUUAAACUAAAUAUAUAAAAUAUAAAAACUUAUUCGGUUGGA